GCGGUAGUGACGUCACAAACGUCAGUAACGUAAGCCGUAGAGUUGACAGCGUCAACAUCAUGAGUGAAGAUGAAGUUCUCCGUGCUUCUGCAGCUCCUGGUGCUAUUGCUCGCUGUCGCAACGACUGUCAGUGCUCAGCUCGCCACCUCCUUCUGGGAGCGGUCGAGCGUCCUUCCCAGCUUCCACCGGUCAACCAACCACAGCCGCCUCUUCUACGCCGUGAUGUUUGAUGCAGGGAGUACAGGGACCAGAAUCCAUGUCUACACAUUCAUCUUUGCGGAGUCAGAGGCGCUUCCAGUUUUGGACAAAGAGAUGUUCCACUCAGUGAAGCCCGGUCUGUCAGCACACGCCGACUCUCCUGCGACCGCUGUACACACGCUGAAAGAGUUGUUGAAGGUGGCCAAGAGUUCAGUGCCUCGUCUGGAGUGGAAGAGGACUCCAGUGGUGCUCAGAGCCACGGCUGGACUUAGACUGCUGCCUGCACACAAAGCCCACGCUCUUCUGGAACAGGUUCAACGAGUGUUUGAUGAGUCUCCAUUUUUGGUCCCUGACAACAGCGUCAGCAUCAUGGACGGCACAAGUGAAGGAAUCCUGGCAUGGAUAUCAGUCAACUUCCUAUCGGGUCACCUUCACGCUCAGACCAACCACACGGUUGGAAUCUUGGAUUUGGGAGGAGGAUCCACACAGAUUACCUUCUUGCCACAAGCCAAGGCCAACCUAGAAAAAAUAAACGACGACGGCAGAUUCCACAUCUUCAACUCCUCUUUUGCAUUGUACACUCGCAGUUACCUUGGCAACGGGCUGAUGACAGCGCGACUUUCCACGCUGGGAGUGUUUGUCGCUGAAGAAGGGCUGCAGUGUCAAGUUUUUAAAAGUCCGUGCCUGCCCAAAGAGUUCUUGGACCAGUGGAGCUUUGGAGGGGAGACGUACCAAGUGAGCGGAGACCCAAACGGUGUCUCAGGAUACAAGUGGUGCUAUCAGGAUGUGGUGAAGACAGUCAAGGGGAUUAUUCAUCAACCCCAGCGGCUCCGAGACAGCGGCACGCAUUUCUAUGCGUUCUCCUACUACUUUGACCGAGCGCUGGAUGCCGGCCUUAUUGAUGAAGUCCAAGGUGGAAUGCUGGAAGUCAGAGACUUCAAGAGGAGCGCAGAGGAGGUGUGCGAGAAGACCGGCAGGGCGACUUCCAUCCAACCUUACUUGUGUCUGGACUUGACUUACAUCUUCUCUCUGCUCAAAGAUGGAUUUGGCUUCCAGGAGAGCACACGACUGCAGUUGGGCAAGAAAGUGAACAACGUGGAGGCAAGUUGGGCACUGGGUGCCAUGUUGGACCACUUUCACCAUCUAAACAUACGAUAAGCAGCAGGGAGUGAUACUUGAGGUGAGCGGGCCACGUGAAGGUCCUACAGCAGCCUUCAAACGAGCAGCGGAGGACCUGCCUGGAGAGGGGACGCCCGGUCCGAGGCGGCGGCGUUUCUCGCCUCUCCACUUCUGAUGGUGAGAUGUGCAUGUUGUCGCCUAGGAAACGGAUGGAGUGUGAAAAAAGUGAAGCUAAAGGGAGUGCCAGGUGGCUGCUCCCUGGAGGUGGACUGUUAAAAGAGCUAAUGGCAGGCAGCUGAUGGACGCCUGCUGGAGCGGAGCAGCCAAAUGAGAGAAGCAGAACAGCCUACCUGCUUUGAGGCCCUUUAACGGCUCCAAUUAGGUACGAGGCGUGCUAGAAGCGAUGGACCUUGGAGUCCUAGCCUGCUGCUAAAGAACGUAUUAGGACGUUUCCAAGACAUUACUUCUCACCUUUAAGCACCGCCAACGCUCAUUAUGGCCCAGCUGUUUAUUUACUUGCAAAAAGGAUGGGGCGUUAAUUGGAAGCAAGUGUUAAUUGGAGAGUAGCUGUUAUUUCCUGAACACUUGUUAUGAAUAUUUAAAAACUUACAUUUUGUAACUAAUAAUAAUUUGGAAAGUGGAAAUGUGGUUCUCUUUGACCACAUGCACAUUGGUUAGGUGUACUGCAAGAACAGAACCAUAGUUUAGGUGUAGGCCAGGAGCUGCAAUUGGGGUCAAGAGCAUCGACAUUAACUGUGGCUGUAGGAAACCUCAUGAUUUUGUUUUUAUCGCUAAAAGAAUCUAAAUAAAAAAAUGUAACGAUUGGUCAGCAGAUUUAUCUAGUUAUGCAUGCACUUUAAAUGCUGCUAUACAGCUGUUGGUGUGAAACUCAUGUGUUACACUUGCACUUCUGUUGUUUAUAAUCUAUCUACGCUAUUUAUGCUGAUUCAGCAGUUUGCUUGAUUCAAUGUCAUUAUCACACUGUACAAUUUAAUGUAAAAGUUAUUUAUUCCUCUUAUAAUUGUCUAAUUUAUCUAAGAGGAUGCUGUUGUUCUUAUUGCAAUAUUUGAGGCGAUAGUAUGGUAAUAAUUGCGGUAGAUAUGAAUUCUCUUGUAAUUUUGUUAUUACUAUGAAGAAUCUUCAAGGACACAAAAUGAAGUUCAGGACUUAAGAAUAGUCCAGUAAGUAGGUCUUAAAACUAUGACAUGAAACUUUCAGCAUACACAGAAUUAAGCCCGGAGAACUUUCCUGACCACAUGGCAGCAUUGGAGCUUUCCAGAGAGUUGAAAGAUUAGCGAACAUUUUCUAGGACAUAUUUUAUCAACUGCAUGUUGUGAUGCUGUCUUGUGUGGACUCAAACAUGCCACAACUUGAAAUGCAAAUCACUUUUUUAUUACUAUUAAUAAUCUAUUGUAUGGAUGCUCUAUUUACCUUCAAUCAGCUGACCUAACAGUGUGACAUUUUACAGCUUCAUGAAGCUGGACAAGCAAACCAUCAGGUUACAAAUUUAAUUUGAUUGCGAGACUUGUGAUGACAGCGUCUGAAAAGCGUUAUCGUCGCUGCCGAUUGUAUCAUCUCAUCUGCUCUGACCUCCUUUCGUCUUUUGAUGCCUCCUGAAAAGAACGAUCGCUUCUUUAGUCUUCUUUCCGCUUCUAAUAUUAGUCUAGACAUGAAAUCACUGUUGAUAACACAGCGAGCACGCUGCUAACACCUCAACCAAUGAGAUCCAAAAUUCAAGUCAAUUUAGCAUGUGCAUCCCUAUAAUAUGGGCAGCACGAUGGUAGAGGGGUGUGCGUCUGCCUCACUAUACGAAGGUCCUGGGUUCAAUCCUGCGCUCGGGAUCUUUCUGUGUGGAGUUUGCAUGUUCUCCCCGUUACUGCAUCGGUUCCCUCCGGGUACUCCGUCUUCCUCCCGCCUCCAAAAACAUGCACCUGGGGAUAGGUUGAUUGGCAACACUAAAUUGGCCCUAGUGUGUGAAUGUGAGUGUGAAUGUUGUCUGUCUAUCUGUCUUGGCCCUGUGAUGAGGUGGCGACUUGUCCAGGGUGUACCUGCCUUCCGCCCGAUUCUAGCUGAGAUAGGCUGCAGCACCCCCGGCGACCCAGAAAGGGAUAAGCGGUAGAAAAUGGAUGGAUGGAUCACUAUAAAAUUACACAUUUCAUGCUUACUGUAUAAUAUCUCAUAUCAAUCCAAACGGAGCAAUAGCUCUGAUAUCAGAUGUCCUCAGGCAUGACCUAAUGCACAAUUAUCCUAAGUCACAUGUGUCCAAACUGCCCA